AUGCCAGCACUUAAUUCCACAUCUGCAGCAUUGGAAGUGCACCCUCAACUGCCUGAUGGGCGGAAACAGGCACUGCUCAUCAUCAUUUCCUGUGCAUGCAUAAUCUAUAUUUUCUACGUCCAUACCAUACACUUCACAACCUGGACCACAGAGAAUUGGUUGAAUAAACUCAAUUUCUUCAAUGCUCACUGCGGAUGGAACAACAGCAUUUUUGUGAGUCCAGACGGUCACUAUCAGCUGCAUCUGUGCUACAGCAGCGUGUACGACAAAUCCAAUCUACUGAACACGACACCCACAAUCGAGGAGUCGAAAAUCCGAAUAAACGGAAGCAGUAGACUGUUGACUUUCGAGGAGUUGGCAAGCAUUCCGGAUGCCGAGUGGUUGCCCAAUUUCGAUCGCAGCGUCUACCAGCUUUAUCCGCAGUCGAUUCCCAUGCGAGAGACAAUUGAGUUACUCAUUAAUGACAAACCGAUUUCACAGCCUCCCAUUUUCAAUCCAUGGAUUCGAUUCCUUCGAGUACCCUCCAGAGUGUGCUCUCCUCUCACACCUGCGAGGGCCAAAAUCGGGCUCACUGGUGCACUGACUCACCCCACUGUGGUCAUUAUCUACAAGUCAGGAGUGUACAACUUCGAGGAGAGGAGGCAACUACGCAAGCUCUACAACCUUUCUUACACCGAUAUCAACAUCCACCUCAUCUUCUCCAUUGGCUUACCACGAACUUCACUAGGAAAUAUCUUCCAACGAGACGGAUUCAAUGAGAUGCACGAACACAACGAUCUACUUGUUGGUGACUAUGAAGACUCCUACUACAACCUGACGCUGAAAUUAUUCCAUACAUUCCAGUGGGCUGCUCGAUUUUGUCGAUCAUACAAACCCGUCCUUGUCUAUCUAGACGACGACUAUGCCGUGAAUACCAACAAGAUGGCCAACAUCAUCCGUGGCCUAACGCCGGAACUGCGCGACAACUUGAACCACGGCUGCGAUGUGAUUGUGAAUCCUGUCUUUCGGUCCACCAGCUACUUUCCACGGUGGGCCUUCUCGAAGCGCGAAGCCCCUUGGCCGAGGCACACGCCAGAGUACUUGGGCAUCUACAGUGUGUGGGGUUACCGCCAUGUGCACGAUUUGGCUCUGGCAAUGCACUUCACCAAACCCAUGGUCAUUGACGAUACGUGGUUGGGAAUGGUGCAGUACAAGCUGAACCUCCCAUUCUCGAGAAUGGAAGGCAUUUGCUCUGCUUCUCCUACGUACCUUCAGUGUCUGCGUUUUGUCUUCUCCAGUGGGGAGGAUAUCAAAGCAAUCUAA